AUGGAUAAUCUGACAAUUACAAACAACAUUCUUCUUGUGGAGGGACUGAAAGUUGCACCUCAGUCUUCCUAUCCUGUUUUCAUCCUUCUCCUUUUGGUUUAUGUGUUUAUAAUGGUCUCCAACAUUGGACUUAUAUUUCUCAUCUCAACUGAGAAGAAUCUACAUCAUCCUAUGCAUUUUCUCUUUUGUAAUUUGCCACUGAAUGAUAUAAUUGGUACAAAUGUCGUUUUGCCACGCUUAAUGCAAGACAUGUUAAGGGAAAGCUCAGAGCGUUAUAUAUCAUAUGCGGAGUGUGUUGUUCAAGCUUAUUUUGUACAUCUAUUUGCAAUAGCAUGUCAUUAUGUGUUGAUUAUCAUGGCCUUUGACAGAUACGUGGCUAUAUGUAAUCCCCUGCGAUACACAGCUAUAAUGACCAAUAAAAUGGUCAUUAAACUCUCAGCAUCAGCCUGGGGACUCUCAAUAUUUAUGGUGUCCAUUCUAUUAGGUCUCACUAUACGCUUGUCUCGCUGCAGAUCUUACAUUGAAAACCCUUUCUGUGACAACGCCUCAUUGUUUAAACUGUCCUGUGAAAGUGUGAUUAUUAAUAAUAUCUUUGGAAUGGUUUAUUCUGUGAUUGUUUUUACCUUGUCGCUUGGUUCAUUAUUUAUAACAUAUGCCAAGAUUGCUUCUGUAUGCAUAACCAGCAAAAACAAAACACUCAACAGCAAAGCCAUAAAAACAUGUAGCACUCACAUAGCUGUUUAUUUAAUCAUGUUUAUUUCUUGUGCCAGUUUUAUAUUUCUCCAUCGUGUUCCUGAAUAUUCUGACACCAGAAAGCUAGCUAGUAUAAUGUUUCAUAUUGUACCACCAGGAUUAAAUCCUUUAGUAUAUGGUUUACAGACCAAAGAGAUAAGACAGAAGUUUGUAAAAUAUUUGUGUAGAAAAAAGGUGAAUCCUUAA